AUGUAUGGAGGCGGCGACUACGAGCACAAGCGCAGUUCAAGGCCAUUGAGCUUCGUAGCCUCCCCUUCGAACGACAACCACGAGAACAGCACCUCCUACUUCCAAAUACCACGAUCGUCUCCGCCCAGAACCCCCCUCGCGCACACCAUCUCCAACGAACGAAUACCGCAGCCCGCAAACGGGUCCCUCAAGAUGCCCUCUCCCAGGAGUCCCCCACCCUCUCUCGGCCACGAAACAGGGCCCCUGUCACCUCCCAUGUCGCCUCCACGAAUCAGCCGCCAGGACUCGGCAGAGACAGCGCGGCAGCAAUUCCCGCUCAAUGACAUCGACUACGAAUCGAGUCCAGCAGCAGUGGCUCAAGAGCUCAGCAAUCUACAAGCCAUACGGCGGAUGUCAAUGGACGUGAAUGCGUCGGAUCCGGAUCUGCCAUCCUUUGGGUCGAAUUUCGGAGUCCCUGCCGUGGCUCCUUCGCAUUCCGACUCCGAUGACGAUGCGGCGAGGCUUUUCUGGGUUCCCGCAAGGUUACAUCCGGAGCUUGCCCCGAAGGAGUUCAAGACCUUCAUAGAGGAGAGGGUGGACAAAAUCAAGCGCAGAUCAGGAGAUUCGGACACUCUCCUGGGAGCUGGAUUCGAGCGGCAGGGAUCAGGCAGCGGCUUGCGGAGGAAGAAGUCCAUGCUUUCAAGGCAAAUCGACGGACCAAAUGGCUACAGGGAUGGUGCUGAGCGGUUGGAGAGGAAAAGGUCGAUACCAGGCCAAAGCCCGUCUAGUCCUGAUGGGACGAGCUUGCAGGCGCUGGAAGAGCUGGUCAACGAUCCCUCGACGAUGAUGCGGCGGCUCAGCAUAGACGCAUCUCGUAGAUCUCUGGAAUCUGGUGGCGAGGUGCCCGCAAGUCAGGACAUGCCCAUACUACCCCCCAAGUUGGCUGGUCAGACUUUGAGGCGCUCGACGCGAACAAACUACCGGAAAGGCAGCCUGAAGAAGGGCGAACGUCUUCCGUUCUCGAAAAGAGUAGCGGGCAGGCAUGCGGACACGGAUACGGAGAGCUCUCCGCAGGUCUCGCCAGUUGACAGCAAUCAUGAAGUGCCGAUGGUGGGCGUGUCUCGGGUGCAGACUGAGCCCAUGCCAGCCCGAUCAGAAACACCCGAGAACUUCUCACGGCCGACACGCCGCCCGCCUAAGACAUCACCUCCGGACGAAACCCCACCGCCGCUGCCACAUGAUUUUCCCAAAGACUCAGACUCCAGGACACAAUCGAUACCCGAACCCAAAACUCACACGUCUCCACCUUCAAAACAGUUCCACUCUCGCAUCGCUUCUAAUGGCCGAACCACAGCUCCGCUUCCAGGAUAUCAACCUCCAGUGCCUCAGAUUAUCGAAACGCCGCCUCCUUCGGAGCCUCACCGUCCAAGUUCCAUGCCGACCCUUCCACGGCCCGAGCGUGUUUCCUCCCGUGAUGGGCCCGGAGGGUACACACCCCAAACGCCGCCGCCACGGAGUCCACCGGGUUUGCGACAGCAGCCUGGCAGGUCGCCGAUGAUGCGGCAGGGCAUGCCGCCAAAACCCAUCGAUCAAACUUUGAACGACAUGGCAUCGCAUCCCUCGCCGCUUCCUGGAGGCAACACAAGGACUGACACGCUCUCUUUCAUCCCGACAUUUGCAGAAGACAAGAGCAAGCCCAAGGAAAAGAAGGCUGGCCAGGAUAGCGGCGCGAGAAAGACGAGUUGGAGCUGGUUCUCUCGCAGCGACAGCAAAGAAGAAGAGAAGGAGAGGGAGCGGAAGGAGAAGGAGAAGGAAGAAGCGUCGAGGAAGGGCAAAGGCAAGCUGACGAAAGCAAGCGACAGCACCCGGCUAGACGUGUUGCAGACCUCGAUAGACGGCGGACGAGGACGAGAAAGCCUCGUCCUCGACCGCGACAGCGUCCGCCUCGACGACGGCAGCAGCAAAAAAGACCCCAACCGCAAGUCCUCCGGCGAAGCCAAGAAGGAGAAGGAAUCUGGGAUUUUCUCUUCACUGUUCGGCGCCAGCAAGAAGAAAGAAGGCGAUUCCAAAUCGAAAAAGAACCCCCGCGACCGCGGCCUCUCGCCGGAUCCUCCUCCCCGCAUGCUGCGGCCCGACGUCGACUACAAUUGGACGCGCUUCAGCAUCCUCGAGGAGCGCGCCAUCUACCGCAUGGCGCACAUCAAGCUGGCGAACCCGCGCCGCGAGCUGUACUCACAGGUCCUGCUCAGCAACUUCAUGUACAGCUAUCUCGCCAAGGUGCAGCAGAUGCAUCCGCAGAUCCAGAUCGGGAACGCGGCGCAGCAGAAGCAACAGCAGCGGCAGCAGGCCCAGCAGAAGAAGAUGGAGCAGCAGCAGCAGCAGCAGCAACAGCAGCAUCAGGCUCCGGAGGGGUCGCUGUAUCAGCGCGUCCAGGAGCAGCAGCAAGCGCAGCAGCAGCAAAUUCCACCCCCCGAAACCACGUCCGCACCAAGCACACACCAUUCCUUGGACCCGGCCCCCUCCAUCCCCCCCAUAAACUUCGACAAUCUCCUCCCCGACCCUGUAUCCUCAGAAGACUCCAAAUCCUCAGCACCGCAACGCACCCUCGCCCUCCCGACAUCCGCCCAGCUCAGGACGAAUGGAAACUACAGCGUCGCGAGCAGCCAGCACUAUCUUGGGCAGCCGGGCGCGAAAGGCGGGUGGCAGCCACCUUGGGAGCAGCCGCAGCAGGAGAAACAGGAGAAACAGGAGAAGUUGAAGGGGUGGGGGCAGGGGCAUGGAAAGGAGAAGCAGGAGCGGGAGAGGGAAAGGCAGCAGAGUCAGAGUCUGUUCGACAGCUCAUCGAGCGAGGAAGGGAAGGGCCCGGGGGAGCUAUGGUAG